UGCUUCUUAUACUUUUUAGAAGCAUUUUGCACGUGGUGUGUGUUAAUUUCUUGUAUAUUUGGAUGUAUUAGCACGUAUUUUUUUAAAUAUUUAGGUAUUAAAUACAAAACACAUCACAAUGGUUGUAAUAGGUAAAAAAAAGUAUCAGAGUGGUGAGGGAGCGCAGUUUAUGACGAGGAGAGCUGCUCUUAGAAAAUUACAAUUAACACUGAAUGAUUUUCGUAAAUUAUGUAUAUUGAAAGGCAUAUACCCAAGGGAGCCACGCAAUCGUAAAAGAGCACAGAAAGGUGUACCCGGUAUUAAAACCUUAUAUCACAAGAAGGAUAUUCAAUUUUUGAUGCACGAACCGAUUAUAUGGAAAUUAAGGGAAUAUAAGAUUUUUAAUAGAAAAAUUGGACAAGCAAAGGCAAUGAAAGAUUUUGCCAAAGUAAAGAGAUAUUUGAGUAACCAUCCUACGUUAAAGAUAGAUCAUAUAGUCAAGGAACGUUAUCCAACAUUCAUAGAUGCAUUGCGUGAUUUAGAUGAUUGUCUGACUCUCUGCUUUUUAUUCAGUACAUUUCCAUCAUUGCCUCAUAUACCAAGAGAUCAAUCAUUACUGUGUAGGAGAUUAACAAUUGAAUUUCUUCAUGCUGUUAUUGCUGCCAAAGCACUGCGAAAAGUAUUUGUAUCCAUUAAAGGAUAUUACUAUCAGGCAGAGAUAAAAGGCCAAACGAUAACGUGGAUAGUGCCACAUCACUUUUGUUUCGAACCUCAAGCAAAGAACGAGGUUGAUUUUAAGGUCAUGUCUACAUUUGUAGAAUUUUACAUUGUGAUGCUUGGUUUUGUGAAUUACAGAUUGUAUCAUACUUUGAAUUUACAUUAUCCUCCCAAAUUGACAAAUUCUGAGAAUAUUGAAAAAACGUUAGUCGAUGAAGAAACAUAUGUCUCGGAGAGAAUAAGUGCAUUAAAUGUUUCAUUGGUCAAUUUGGAUUCUUCAGUUUCAAUUGAGGAUGAUAAUAUUGAAAUAGAUCAAUUUUCAAAUGAGACAGAUACUACCAAGAUAGAAGCUGCUAAGGCAGAAGCUGAAAAAAUAAGGAACCUGAAAAAUUUAUUUAAAGGCAUAAAAAUUUUUAUUAAUAGAGAGGUUCCUAGAGAGCCUUUAGUAUUUAUUUUACGUUGCUUUGGUGGAGAAGUAUCUUGGGAUAAAUUACUGUUUGUCGGAGCUACUUUUGAUGAGAAUGACGAAACGAUAACUCACCAGAUUGUAGAUAGACCAAGCAUGAUUAAACAAUACAUAUCGAGAUAUUACGUACAGCCACAGUGGAUUUUUGACAGUGUAAACGCGAGAGAAUUAUUGCCUAUAGAAAAAUACUUAAUGGGUGCUGUACUUCCUCCUCAUCUUUCACCAUUUACAGAAGGUCGACAAGAUCAAAUAUACAUACCUCCAGAAGAGCGUGCUCUCAUGGAUCCCGAUUAUAAAUUAAACAAUUUGGAAGCAGAUUCAGAUUCAGAAGAAGAAGACAAAGAAGAUAAGAACGAGAAUGAAGAAGAGAAAAUUGAAACUGAGAACGAUUUGAGUUCAGGAAGUGAUGAGGAAAUGGAAGAGGAAGAAGAAAAUGACGAUAAUGAUGUACAGAUUGAUGAAGAAAAAGAGAAAGAGAAAAUGAAGAAACAAGCUCAGCUACAAAAGAAGAAGAUGAAGGUACAGACUGGUGAGAUCUUGAAAGAAAAUCCAUGGGAGAAAGCUCGAUUGGAGAAGCAGGAAUAUCGUCUCAGAGAAAAGAUGAUUAAGAAGAAACAUCGUAAAUUGUACCAGAGUAUGAUGAAAGGUCGAGAAGGAAGAGCUAAAGAAAUUUGGCUCUUGCGAAAGAAGAGACGUAUCCACGAUGCUAAAGAGAAAGAGAAGCGAAAAGAGCAAAGAAAAGCAAAUAGGAACAGAUCUAACAAAUAAAGAUGCAGAGACGUUCGUAUGAGAUUAAUUUCUCCGCAAAUCGAUAGAUACCGUUAUGUAUAAUGGCAGAUGCUUUUUAUCUAGUCCUCCCACCGGAAGCCUACGCGUUUGGCGAUCCUGGUCUUUUUCAGCGAAGGACUUUGAAGGCCAGUCCACCCACGCAGAUUGACCCACGCAAAACUUUCUACAUGUAUGAGUCAGAUUGCGACUGAUAUUUAUCCGUGUAUGUGCGAUUGUAGAGAUUGUUAAAAUUCAAAAUCAUUGA